GGCAAGUCUAGCUGGUGCCGCGCCGAUAGCCAUUACCCGCUGGUCACACACACUCACUCUCUCUGGUUUGAAGCUCGCAGAUGUCGUUUCCAAUAUUUUUAGUUGAUGCAUUUGCAUGCAAACAGUUUGAGGGAAAUCCAGCGGCAGUAUGCCUUUUAACCAAUGAGGUACUCAGUGAUGCUCAAAUGCUUAAGAUUGCAGUGGAGAUGAACCAAUCAGAAACAGCUUUUGUUUCACCUGUUAAUCCAUCUGAUACAUUUCAAACAGGGGAACAUUUCAAUCUUCGGUGGUUUACUCCAACUAAUGAAGUGAAUUUAUGUGGGCAUGCUACCAUGGCAACAUCAGCAGUAAUAUUUGAAAAAAGAGAUAAUAUUAAUGAACAAUUGACUUUCCAUACCAAAAGUGGUGAGUUAAUGGUAAGCAAAGUAGGUGAUGAGUAUGUAAUGGAUUUCCCACUCAACCACACAGUCCCACAGGAUCCAACACCAGUGAAGGAACUAAUACAGUUGAGUAUUGGUAAGAUUGAACCUCAAGAUGUUCAAUACGCUGCUAUUCCUCACAGAGAUGUUGUAAUAAGGUUGCCAGAUUCAACAUCAAGAGACGUUCUUGAGGGUCUGAAACCAGACACGACGGCCAUGAUGAGGGCAUUCCCAGACAGCCAUAUCAAAGGAGUCAUCGUCACGUUACGUGGGUGUCCCGAAAAUGGUGCCAAAGAUGAAAGCGGCGAAAUGUUUGAUUUCAUGUCACGUUACUUUGACCCGUGGAAUGGAAUUCCAGAAGAUCCUGUUACAGGAUCAGCUCACACAGUACUUGGAAGUUACUGGUCAGGCCAGCUUAAUAAGACAGAACUUUAUGCCAGACAGUGUUCAGCAAGGGGUGGUAAUGUUCGGCUGAGUGUGAAAAAAACGAGAGUUAAUUAA